AUCCUGUUGUAGUCCAGCUGGAUCCAGAUCAUGGAGCGCCUUCUGUGUCUGCUGCUCCUCAGCUCAGUGGCUCUGAGGGAAGCAGUCGGUGGAGAUGUGUGUGUGUCAGGUCAUGACAGCGGCCCGGUGUUUGAAGAACAGCCAAGUGGCACAAUUUACCCAGAGGGCCUGAGUGAAGGCAAGGUGACCCUGAGCUGUCAGGCCAGAGCAAGUCCAGCUGCCUCCUACAGGUGGCUUGUGAACGGCACAGAUGUCCCGCUUGGCUUGGACGUCCGUUACACCUUGGUGGCCGGCAACCUGGUGAUCAGUGGUCCCGACUCCGCCCGAGACGCAGGCUCGUACCAGUGUCUGGCCAUCAACCGCUGCGGGACCAUCAUCAGCAGAGCUGCGAACCUGAAGUUUGGCUACCUCCAUGACUUCCCCUCAGACAGCAGGAGUCCUCAGACAGCAUACGAGGGCCUAGGAACCUUCCUGGCCUGCCAGCCGCCUCCACAUUACCCAGCUCUGUCUUACCGCUGGCUUCUCAACGAGUUUCCCAACUUCAUCCAAAGAACAGAUGGCCGUAUGUUCGUGUCGCAGGUGACAGGGAACCUGUAUGUGGCUAAAGCAGAGCCCAAUGACACAGGGAACUACUACUGCUUCACCACCAUCAGCCUGGACAUCAGCACCAAGAGCACCUUCAGCAAAGCCAACCAGCUCACGGUGAUGUCUGACGCGAAUCCCAGGAAGUCGGCUCCGAGCAUUAAGGUACGCUUCCCAACAGAGACCUAUGCCCUGGCAGGACACACCGUCCAGUUAGAGUGCUUCGCCUAUGGAAAUCCAGUUCCUAAACUGCGAUGGAGGAAGGUGGAUGGACUGAUGCCGUCCAAGGCGGGCUCCUCUGCUGAUGGCCCCACCCUCACCCUGCCAUUCCUCUCCUUCGAUGAUGAGGGUGUUUACGAGUGUGAAGCCUACAACUCUGAAGGAAGUGACACAUACCAGGGACGCAUCACUGUGCAAGCUCAGCCCGAGUGGCUGCAGGUGAUGAGCGACUCAGAGGUGGAGAUCAGCUCAGAGCUGCACUGGAGCUGUAUUGCUGCUGGUAAACCACGCCCCUCCAUACGCUGGCUACGCAACGGACAGCCACUCAGCACACAGGACCGGGUGGAGGUGAAUGGAGCUCGUCUGAAGAUCAGUAACCUGGCCCUGGAGGAUUCUGGGAUGUACCAGUGUGUGGCUGAAAACAAACAUGGCACCAUCUACUCCACCGCUGAGCUCAGAGUCCAAGUUCAGGCCCCAGACUUCAGACUGAAUCCAGUACGGAAGCUGAUCCCAGCAGCCAGAGGGGGGCAGGUGAAGAUCGAGUGUCGCCCUCGAGCCGCCCCGAAGCCCAGCCUGUUCUGGAGCCGUGGGACGGAGCUGCUCACCAACAGUAGCAGAGUCACUGUGACAUCAGAUGGAGUGUUGUGGAUCUACAACAUCAGCCGGGCAGAUGAAGGAAAAUACACCUGCUUUGCUGAAAACUACCUGGGCAAGGCCAACAGCACCGGACACCUGUCUGUCAGAGAUGCCACUAAGAUCACACUGGCUCCCUCCAAUGCUGACAUCAAUCAGGGCGAGAAUGUGACGCUGCAGUGCCACGCCUCCCAUGAUCCCACCAUGGACCUGACCUUCACCUGGGCCCUCAACGGGGUCCUGCUGGACUUGGAGGACUCUGCCGGGCCGUACCAUCGGGUGGAAGGGAAAGAAAACAUUGGUGAUCUGCUGAUUAUGAACACUCAGCUGAGUCAGGCGGGGGUCUACGUCUGUAUGGCUCAGACUGUGGUGGACAGCGCCUCGGCAUCGGCUAAACUGGUGGUUCGAGGACCCCCAGGACCUCCUGGAGGUUUACUGGUGAAGAACGUUGCUGAGAUGUCAGUGGAGCUCAGGUGGAGUCGAGGCUAUGAUAAUCACAGUCCUAUUGGAAAAUACAUCAUCAUGGGCCGUUCAUCACUGUCAUCACAGUGGAAGAGGAUGAGGACAGAUCCAGUGAACAUCGAGGGGAACGCAGAGUCGGCUCGCGUGAUGGGACUGAUGCCCUGGAUGGAUUAUGAAUUCCAGGUCAUCGCCAGCAAUAUCCUGGGCAGCGGAGAGCCCAGCAUGCCCUCGCACACCAUCCGCACACAGCAAGCAGCUCCCACAGUGGCCCCCAGUGGACUUGCAGGAGGAGGAGGAGACCGCAAUGAGCUCAUUGUCACCUGGACGCCCAUGGCCAGAGAGUAUCAGAAUGGGGACAGCUUCGGCUACGUCCUGGCCUUUAGGAGGAAAGACACGUCGUCGUGGACGGUGGUGCGGAUUCCUUACGUGGAGUCGUCCCGCUAUGUUUACUACAAUGAGAGCCUGACACCGUACAGUCCCUUCGAGGUGAAGAUCAAAGCUUACAACCGCAGAGGAGAAGGUCCCUUCAGCCAGAUCGCUGUGGUCCACUCUGCAGAGGAAGAGCCAAAAGUGGGACCGUCAAGCAUCAACGCCACAGCACUGACCGCCUUUGAGAUCCAGGUUUCAUGGGAGCCCGUCCAGCAGCUCAGUGCCAACGGCAUCCUCAGAGGAUACGAGAUCCGGUACUGGCGGCAGCACGAGCGGGAGGCAGCGGCAGACCGAGUGAGGACGGCAGGACUGGACACGACAGCCAGGGUGUCUGGACUUCGACCCAGCACUCGAUACCACAUUGCUGUACUGGCGUACAAUAGCGCCGGCACCGGGCCUCCCUCACCACGCACCACCGUCACCACCAGGAAACCACCUCCUAAUCGUCGCCCAGGCAACGUGUCAUGGAAGACAGAUGGUUCAUGGGUAAUGGUGCGGUGGGACCACGUGAAGGCCAUGCACAACGAGUCAGUUGUGCUGGGCUACAAAGUCCUGUACAAACAUGAGGGCCAGACGGCGCUGAAGGUUCUGGACAAGGCGAAGACAUCCAUCAGUCUGCCGCUGCCAAAAGACAACGGUUACGUUGUGUUGGAGAUUCGGUCCUGGGGAGAGGGAGGGGAUGGGCCAGCACAUGAGAUCAUAGUGUCCCGGGACUCAGGAACUGGAAUGAUGGUCCAGAACGAGGCCUCCUCCCCCAACCUGUCGUCUCUGCACCUCCUCACGGUCCUAGUCUCCCUCGCUCUUGUGUCUUUGUCAGGCCUGUGAUCUUAGCCGGUCUCUGGACUCUGAAACUGAAGCUCUCCUGUGUCUCAGCCUGAGUUCUGGGUCAGGGGUGGGUUCUGG